GGUACUUCCAGAACCGGCCACGUCCUCCUAAAAGCUAGAACAUCCCUGAAGGGCAGCUCAUCGCGCCGAAGCCCCUUCAGCCGACAAAGCCCUUCUUUUUCCUCCUUGGGGAAUGGCGAGAAAAAUGCACAGAACCGACGCGCCGCGGCACAGCCUCCACCCUCUCGCUCGCCGCAAGGAAAGACGCGAUGCGGGUCCACGGGAGAUCAGCUGGUCUGCGCUGCUGUGACGUGGGCCGGGGUACGUCACCACCGAAUGGCAGCCUCCAGAAAGGCACCGCGAGUAAGGGCAAACUACCAGGAUUUUCAGCUGAAAAAUCUAAGAAUAAUUGAACCUAACGAGGCGACACACUCAGGAGACCCAGGUGUAGAAACAGACAGCAGAAUGGCUCCAAAGGUAACUUCGGAGCUGCUUCGGCAGCUGAGACAAGCCAUGAGGAACCUGGAGUAUGUGACAGAACCAAUCCAGGCCUACAUCAUCCCGUCGGGAGAUGCCCACCAGAGUGAGUACAUUGCUCCCUGUGACUGUCGGCGGGCCUUUGUCUCUGGAUUUGAUGGCUCUGCAGGCACAGCCAUCGUCACAGAAGAACAUGCGGCCAUGUGGACUGAUGGGCGCUACUUCCUCCAGGCUGCCAAGCAGAUGGACAGCAACUGGACGCUCAUGAAGAUGGGUCUGAAGGACACACCAACUCAGGAAGACUGGCUGGUGAGCGUACUUCCUGAAGGAUCCAGGGUUGGUGUGGACCCACUGAUCAUUCCUACAGAUUACUGGAAGAAGAUGGCCAAGGUUCUGAGAAGCGCUGGCCACCACCUCAUUCCUGUCAAGGAGAACCUUGUGGACAAGAUCUGGACAGACCGGCCUGAGCGUCCGUGCAAGCCCCUCAUCACACUGGGCCUGGAUUACACAGGCAUCUCCUGGAAGGACAAAGUUGUAGAUCUUCGGUUGAAAAUGGCCGAGAGGAACGUCGUGUGGUUUGUGGUCACUGCCCUGGAUGAGAUUGCAUGGCUAUUCAAUCUCCGAGGAUCAGAUGUGGAGCACAAUCCAGUAUUUUUCUCCUAUGCAAUCAUAGGACUAGAGACCAUCAUGCUCUUCAUUGAUGGCGACCGCACAGAUGCCCCCAGUGUGAAGGAGCACCUGCUGCUUGACUUGGGCCUGGAAGCUGAAUACAGAAUCCAGGUGCUUCCCUACAAGUCCAUCCUGAGCGAGCUCAAGACCCUGUGCGCCAGCCUUUCCCCGAGGGAGAAGGUGUGGGUCAGCGACAAGGCCAGCUAUGCCGUGAGCGAGGCCAUCCCCAAGGACCAUCGCUGCUGUAUGCCUUACACCCCCAUCUGCAUCGCCAAAGCUGUGAAGAAUUCUGCUGAAUCAGAAGGCAUGAGGAGAGCUCACAUUAAAGAUGCUGUUGCCCUCUGUGAACUCUUUAACUGGCUGGAGAAAGAGGUGCCCAAAGGUGGCGUGACGGAGAUCUCAGCUGCUGACAAAGCUGAGGAAUUCCGCAGGCAGCAGGCUGACUUUGUGGACCUGAGCUUCCCAACAAUUUCCAGUACGGGACCCAACGGCGCCAUCAUUCACUACGCGCCGGUCCCUGAGACGAAUAGGACCUUGUCUCUGGAUGAGGUGUACCUCAUUGACUCGGGUGCUCAAUACAAGGAUGGAACCACAGAUGUGACUCGUACCAUGCAUUUUGGAACCCCUACAGCCUAUGAGAAGGAGUGCUUCACAUGUGUCCUCAAGGGCCACAUAGCUGUGAGUGCAGCUGUUUUCCCGACUGGAACCAAAGGCCACCUUCUUGACUCCUUUGCCCGCUCAGCUUUAUGGGAUUCUGGCCUGGAUUACCUGCACGGGACGGGACACGGUGUUGGGUCUUUUCUGAAUGUUCACGAGGGUCCUUGUGGCAUCAGUUAUAAAACAUUCUCUGAUGAGCCCUUGGAGGCCGGCAUGAUUGUCACUGAUGAGCCAGGGUAUUAUGAAGACGGGGCUUUCGGAAUUCGCAUUGAGAAUGUUGUCCUGGUGGUGCCUGUGAAGACCAAGUAUAACUUCAGUAACCGGGGAAGCCUGACCUUUGACCCUCUAACUUUGGUUCCGAUACAGACCAAAAUGAUAGAUGUGGAUUCUCUUACAGACAAAGAGUGCGACUGGCUCAACAACUACCACCUGACCUGCAGGGACGUGAUCGGGAAGGAACUGCAAAAACAGGGCCGCCAGGAAGCCCUCGAGUGGCUCAUCAGAGAGACACAGCCCAUCUCCAAACAGCAUUAAUACCUGUUUGUUUUUGUUUUUUUAAACGCUCUGGGGAAAGGAAGAAGCCUGGCCCACCCCUGACAUCUUUUCCCUUUCUCUCCUUCUUCCUUACCUUCCCGUUUUACUUUUAGACUCUGAGAAGAACUGAAAAUCUUCUUAUCCUCUUUGAUAUUUUCUUGCAAACACUCUAUCUUUUAUGAAUUUUUUUAAAAUUGUUGAGAAUGAGCCAAGAAUAAAUUGCUGUCCCAGAAGGAGGAUCGCCACAAAGCCAAAAGCCUGAUCCGGGGGAUGCCCCGAGCAGCUGCAGGGAGUCCUCUGGCCAGUGAUGGUGAAGCAGUGAGUGCUCUGCGACAGUCACGUUCCAGGUGCUAGUCCCUUGUUCAUGAUCCCCUUCAUGCGCACGAGACUGUAUUUAUGACCAGUGAAUAAAAUGUCAGAACGUGCUUCAUCUCCGCCGUCUCUCUUCUUCCGGCACCAUCCACCCUGUGUGUGGGGUGGGCUCACGUCCAGGGCACGUUUUCUAGGUGGAAGGACCCCUUUGAGGAGAGAUUCCCUGGCCUCCCUGCAUAUUUUCUGACUUACUUUCAAGCCUCUUAAGUCUUUUCUCUAGAAAACCUAAUAUUUUGUUGAGUAUUCUAAGUUUUUCUUUCCAGAUUUUAAAAUACGUCAUUGAUAUUAAAAAACAACAACAACAACAAAAAAUCAUGUCGAAAGUGGCAGUCUACUGUGGUCUACCCUACAGUGGACAGUGCAGGCGUCUCAUUGUCUCACUACUUAUAGACAGUGGUCUUUGGCAGGUGCCUGCUACUCCCUAUCUGGCUUUCUCUGGACUUGCGCACGAGGGGCAGCCUGAAGGGCCGGCAGAGCUAAAGCCCCUGAGGCCUCAGACCAUGAUGGUUGGGCAUGGGAAAACGGACUCCUCUUCCCUUGGCUGGGAUGUCCGAGGCGUGGUCUACACUGCCUCCUGGGGUUUCUCAGUGGGACUGAGCCCUCCUUGCCCACUGUGGGAACUUGUUCAAUAACACACCCUUUAUUUUCUUCCUUCCCUUCUGCGUCUGACUUUCCCUUUCUCCCACCAGUGUUUCCUGGAGCCGUCUCCCAUUAAACCACUUACAUGCAAAUCCUUGUCUUUGGGUCUGCUGCUUUAGGAACCCAAGUCAUACCCCAUAGGUAUAACCACUAUUUGCUAUGUAUUUUUGCCAAUUUCUUUCUUUGUAUUUAGCAUUCAUUAAUAUAUAGAAAAA